CAAUAGGAUCAAUGAUUGACAUAUAGCAAUUUUAUAGGUGUCUACGAAUGUAGCAGAGUUUUACUAGGCGUUUAGUUGGAGAUCGAAAUUCAUAGAGUCUGGAAGAUGAGGCUCAAAAUGAGGCUCAAAAUGAGGGCAAGAGAGGUAAGAAAGGCAGGAAUCGAGAAUUUCACGACUUAGUCGGCUUGCGGCUCAGGAAUCACGAUGCGUAUUUAUAUGACUGCUAUUCAGCACUGCACUAUGGCUUCAGGAGCAAAAUAAAAUUCCCAUCUUCAAGUUCUCCAAGCACUUAUAUUCCGCUUUCUCCAAAAUGUCUCUUCAUAGUGACGCUGCAACUGGCGUCCUCACGCAUGCAACGCUAAACAACUACUUAAAUACUUGCAAAAUCAACGAACCCAGCACUGAGAAGGGGAAUGGUACCAUCGGCCUAACACCCCUUGCAUUGGCCGCGCGAAAUGGACACGCUGAUAUUGUCAGGCUCCUUCUUGAGAAAGGGGCCAUGGUGGAUGCUCUCUCAUCGCAGCUCCGUACACCGCUGUGGAUUGUGACUGCGCGGGGACAGGGCGACAACCGAGCCGAGAUAGUUCAGCUUUUGCUAAGAUAUGGGGCAGACCCGAAAUACUCUCUCUCGACUCUCCAAAACGGCUCGACACCUCUCGAGAAUGAGCUCAAGCAGCAAAAGGACCCUGAUGUGAUUCAGCUUCUCGUCCAGAAUGGCGGUAAGACAGACAAAGUCACAAGCUUAGCAGCUAGUCUAGGAAUACCUGAGAUCAAUGCUGUCAUGGAACCCUCUAAACAGGGAGGCAAUGUCCUCGAAACUAUCGUUAGCCUUAUACUCGCCGUCAUACUAUACAUCUUCGGUUGGGUCCACAAUGCAGCUCUUGCAGCCGGAAGCGUCUUGAAGAAGUAUCCAAUCAGUGGUCGCAUGGAUAGCAUGGAUAGCAUGUAUAGCUCAAUGGUAAAGAAAGUACACGAGGAACUAUCACCUCCAAAAACCAAGGAAGAGUUCAAGAAGAACAUUGGCGACUUCGUGGCCAAGCACAAGUUGGGGAAGUUCUUCAGGGAUGAUAGCCAACAACUACUAGAAAGUAUUGCCGCCAAGGCUGUUGAGCUACAAGGGGAUGCUACCUCAGUCUUGGGUCAACCAGAGAAUAGCGAGAACCUCAUCAAGCUCGCUCUUUACCAGCCUGUCAUCUAUUGCGACGACAGUGGGUCAAUGGACCCGAUGCGCAACGACGAUGGGGAAAACCGCAUCGGAGAUCAGCGGGAUCUAGUUCGUCGAGUUGCCUCCAUAUGCACUAGGAUAGUACCCGAUGAGCUUGGUGUUCAUCUUCGGUUUAUAAACAACGAACCCGAUAAUAGUGACAACCUGAGGAUAGACGAAAUCCAGAACAUCAUGGAUCAAGUCAGACCUCUAGGAUGCACAGAGAUCGGAACUCAGCUCCGCAACCGGAUUCUUCAACCUCUCCUAUAUUCCCGGUACAAUGAGAACGUUAAGAACCUAAAGCGACCGCUCUUCAUUUCAAUCAUCACCGACGGAAUCCCAUUCGGUGGAAGCAGAUCACCUGAGACGCGAAACACGCUCCGAGACGAAAUCAAGAAAUGCCAGGAGUAUCUACUUGAAAACGGCCUUCCAUCGCGAACUGUGGUCUUCCAAAUCAGUCAAAUUGGUAGCGACAAGAACUCUAAAGAAUUCCUGCAAAGCUUAAAGGAAGAGAAUCUAGAGAAUGUGUACAUUACAGCACAACAACUCGACUCGAGGUUCCGAGAGCUCAGGGAGAACGAGAAGGAUCUCGAGGCUUGGCUGUUCGAAACCCUUCUCGAACCAAUUCUAGACAAAAAGUCUAGUUAAGUUGCUAGUAUUGAGUUUUAAAUGAGAAGGCCUUGAUAAAGGAGUUGCUUUAGGGGUUGGGGCUGGGGCCUAAGGAGAUACAACGGUGGAGAUGGGUUUGAGGAUUUAUUCGGCGAUUAGCUUACGCACGUUCUUGCGAUAU